UUCGAGCUUCUCUUCUGUCCAUAGUAGCCAAGGCAAGCAGUUCGGUUCGAAGUGUUCCUCCAUAGGAAAAAAAGUGAUCAUAAAUUAGUGCUAUUUGAACGGUGAAAUUCUCCCGAAAUUUGCUCCGAUCUCGUUCCGUUUUUUCUCUAAAAACACAAACAAAACACUACAAUGGCCGAGAAACCAAAGCGUCCUCUAUCCGCGUAUAUGCUGUGGCUGAACUCUGCCCGCGAAGGAAUCAAGAAGGAGUCCCCCGGCAUCAAGGUGACGGAAAUCGCCAAGCGAGGCGGUGAAUUGUGGAGGGGAAUGAAGGACAAGACGGAAUGGGAAAACAAAGCCGCCAAGAUGAAGGAUGAGUACAACAAGGCCGUCCAGGAGUUCGAACGGAAUGGCGGCGGUGGUGGUGGCGGCAAGGACGCCGGCAAGAAGAAGAGCAAGGGUGCCAAGAAGGUCGUGAAGAAGAGCAAAAAGAAGGACUCCGACGAUGACGAUGAUGAGUCCGGAGAGGAGAGCGACUGAACUACUAAUUAGACAAACACACACACACACACCCCCACACAAUAAACACAAAAAAUAACAAAAAAAAGUUAAAAAAAAAAGAUUAUUUUUAAUUUAUUGUAUAAAUGUUCGGGGCCUUACUUCUCAAGAGCAGCAACCGGUCAGUGACAACAGUUAAAAAGUCGUCAUCAAAACUUAGAGCAAAGUCCAAAAUUAAAAGGAAAAACAAACUACAAAAAUCAUCAUAUAGAGGCAAGCAGAGAGGACGAAAAAAGAUUUAGACGCAAUCCAGGCUCUGUUUGAAAGCGGUAAAACUUUAGAAAACGGAAAACAAAAUGUAGUCACAGAGCUCUAGUGCGAGAGACAGAUGCGCGCCGUGUAAAGUAAAAGUUUGAUAUUUUUUCGUCUGACUACUCUAAAACUACACAUAAAUUGCAAAAUUGAACAAACAUAAGAGCAAAAUUCGGACUGGCACCAAACUCCCGAGACGUAUUUUCUCUUAACGUGUUUUUUUUUUUUUCGUUUUACAACUUCACAAACAUACGUGCAUCCCCUUUAUUUUUUUUAAGGAAGGCCAUGUAAUAUUAAAUGCAAAAAUAAGAAAAUUUUAAAAGCCCGAAAAAAAACCAGAAAAUCAUACCUAGUUUUAAGUUAAUUAAAAUCUGUAUGGAACAAAACCAACAAAAAAAGCUGUAUUCUUAGGUCAAGAAAAACGAAAACAAGAAAAAGUAAGACAUUGUAGGUGUACUCACAACAAAAAAGGAAAAUACACAUACCUACAAACAAAA